GAGGUAUUUUGAAUAGUUUUUGAGACCGGCAGUUUACUUUUAUAGGGAAGUAGAAAUGGGUAUGUUUUAGCUAAACCGCAGGCCAAACUCACUGGUAUAGCUUUCAUGAAAGUACUCAUUUUCUCGGUCCAAUCUCGCCAUUUGUAAGACUUCUUCAUGUUACAUUUUAAGGGUCGUCGGAAAUACUAAGAAAUGAAAAGAGAAAGUAAAAAUCAUACUCUCGUGUUUCUUCUGUUCACUUUUUAACGUCAAAUAAAUUACCGCUUCACAUUCAAAUUAUUUUUAACAAAGCGCUGUUUUUGGAGAACAUUUUAAAAGCCAGAACUUAACUUGAAAGUUAAAACCACACAGGCUAUGGUUAAAACCAACCGAAUAGUUGUUUCUGUGUUCCGGGAAGCAUUGAAGGCAACACUUGAGUGAACGCCGCCCACUGUGAGACCAACGGCAGCAUUGAAACGCACGGGGUGAGAAAGGCAGUUUACGUUGGUUUAAACUCUACUGGACUCGUUAAAUUGUAUGUUAAGUGGACGAGUAUCAUGUUUACCAGUUAGCCAGAGGAGUUUAACGUGUUAACAAAAAUAUAGACCGACUAAGCGAGUUAGUUGAAGUAGUUUUGUCCGCGGUGGUUGUAAAUAGAGUUAGCGGCUCUGUUGUUGUUGUGGCCUGCUACACUUUAGCUUAGCUCUAACCUAGCUGUUAGCCUCAUCUGGCUUCUGGAGCUCGACUCGCUUCACGUCCACGAAACGAGAUUGGAAAAUGGCACAUAUUUGCAGCUAACUCAGAAGACCUGCUUUUCCCUUUAAGGUAAGAAUAAAAUGUUGCUCUUGUGUUUAGUCUCUGUCUAGCUUAACUUGAAGUGAGUUACAGGAAGAAGUCCAAUGCUAACUUAACAUCUGUUUGAGGUUAAGUGUUUCAACAUUCAACUGAGCCUGGUUCAAGUAAUUUGAUACUUUGGUCAUCAUGAUGAAGAAGGGGUUUUGCUUUUGUUGGUUAAAAUUCAUUAGCCUUACGGAGAAAAGUAAAGUAAAAUACAAGCUUUUGCAGGGAAGGUGUGGUUUUGGCCAGGAGUCCCAAGUUGUUCCCCAGCGAUGAGAGCCUAUACUCAGUGAUUGUCAUCUCAGAAGAAAAUGGAGCUGUACUGGUACAUGUGAGUAUACCUUUUGCGAUUUUGAAUGCAUCCUACUCUGGCACUUAAGUACUUAAGUUAAAAGUAUGACUGUCUAACCCGCCCACCUUUCCUGUCUCCUACCCAGAGUUGUUAUUAUAUUCAUCAUCAUCAAGAUAUUCUUCUAUGUGUGCUGGUACCGGUCAAGACAAAGACAACUGGCAGCAUACCUAAGCAACCCACGCAAUGCCCAGAUAGUCAUUGUUGGAGGAAGGGCCUACCUUCAUCAGAUGUGUGAGAGACAGAGUGUGAGUACAGUUCCCCUCACCCCCCAUCUUCUCCCGCCCUCACAGCCACAAACAUUAAUCCAUCUUUCAUUUAAGACUCAUAAUGUGGCAGCAAACCACUUAAGAACUUCUGUGCCUGCGGGGUAUUUUUUUUAUUACAGCUUAGUAUAGGGUACAAAGUAGAGUCAGUGCAGACAAGUCAGGAGACACUGACAGAUCAACUUUUGUGUGGCAUGGUCAAUGUUGUAGAGUUGGAGAGAUAAAAAAAAGCCCAGUAGCAACUAAGAGGUUCUUUCUGUCUGGGGAGGAGGGGGGUAAUUAGUCUGAUGCAAAUAUGGCAUCCUCUUAUCAUGUGCAUUUAUGGCAGGGGAGAAUUAUCGAUGUCUGAUGUUGCCAGAAUUGUUCCAUUACAGUUAUUCAGAGUAAGGCCUGGGCGAUUUGGCAACUAAAAAAAAAAGAUCACAAUGUAUUUUGUCAUAUCGUCCGAUCUCGAUUAUUAUCAUGAUUUUUUUUUUAACUGCCAGUUUUAAAGUAUCUGUACUAAAAACUAAAGAAACUAGAGAUUAGUUCAACAUUUUAUAAACAUACAAAGUAAAUAACAAAGAAUAAAAUACACUUAGAAAAAUAUAAAGAACAUUUUAACUCAGCAGUACAACAAAUGUAGAUAAAUACUAAAUAAUACAGUUAACUAGUUCACAGUCCUGAGUGUUUCUGCAGGUAUGCAAGACCCAAAAUAAACAAAUGGCCCCCUCAGAGAUGCCUUAAAAUGUUAACAUUAGAUGAUGUAAACGCAAAUGAUAUGAUUGAUUGCUGCUUUGGUCUGGUGGCCGCACUGCUAGUUUUCGCUAAACUGCUAAUGCUACAGACUCCGCUCACAUUUUCAUGCUUUCAGCAUCAUCAAUCGGGAAGAACUUCUUCAAAUGAUGAAACAGAUUUGUUGUGUGUGUUUUGAGGGCACCGACCGCCGACAUACCGUGCACAUCGGCGUAAUUGCUCAACGUCACUUUAGAGAUACUAGAACCCCCGCCACACAACCAAUGUUGAAUAACCUCUCAACAAUAACAUUUUCGGAGGAUGACUCAAAGUCAUGGCUGACAUCUAUUUUGCUUAUUCUCAGCUCCGCCUUAAGCUCCACAUUCGGACAUUCUGUUUACUUCUUAACUUCCCCGGCAACUUACAGAAGUGAGCAGAAAAAGACACACAUUUCCGCUAUGUUUGAUCAAGCAAAAAUGCUCACAUUUGAUCACUGUGAUUGAACUGAAAUUUAUCACGAUCAUAUAAUCGUCCAGUCCUGAUCAGAGUAUCAUUCAGAUUCAAAAACAAAAAAAAACCCUCAUUUCAGUGCAACACCAUCAAAAUGACUCCUUAAAUACUGACAACUUUCUAAUUUUAAGUAGGAUUUUUUUACUGUAAAAUAUCACAAAACUCUUGCUAUUUCACCAGCUCUGAGUAAUGUUCCAUUUCUUCCAGCACCACACUGUUGUUUGAUAUCAUCCCAUGAUAAAUAACCUAAAGUCAGGCCUUCCUUGAGCUAGAAAGCAGAAGUUGCCGGUGGCAGCUGUGAUAAAUCCAUUUUGGCAGCCCAAAAUUGAAUUCAGGGGGAAGUUGUUGUUUUCAAGGCUAGUAAAUUAUGUUACAGACGGGUGCAUGAGGCUGGCAUUCUUGCCAAAACAGUAUUGCAGAUUUUAGGUGGCAUUUGAGCAACUCUAUGACUUCAGUUGUAACUGAACUGAAUACUUUUAAACAUUGAGAUAUGUUGCCAGAGCAAAUCCUGAGUGUCUUUGAAGGUGGGGGCAGUUGGAUGUAGGACAAUUUUUGACACAUUUUAAAUAAUUUUGAUCAGAAAAUGCAUUUUUGCAGCAUCUGUGUUUGAAAAAAAGUAAUUGUAUGACAAAAUAUGAUGGUAGAGAAAUAUACGUGAUUGUGUGGGGGUGGGAAAAAAGGGGAAUUCAAUGUGCAGUUCCUCUUAAACUGCUUUAGUGGUAGAGCAACAAACAGAAAGGGUAGUGUGCAACCAAAAGAGCUUCAACCACUUCCUCAGAGGUGUUAGCAGACCUGAAGUAAAGGGAAAGUUAAGUGGGGUCGCAGUUGUGUUACGUUUUUGCGGAGGAGUUGUCCUUUAAAGAGGACAUGUGGUUUUCAGUCAGUCGUGUUUUUACUUUAGACUGAUUGACAGGAAAAACUUCUCGUCUCUGAAGUGACAUACUGAGAAAACCUGUGGUUGUGCUUUUACUGCCAAACUCUUCUGGCUUGCAUGUACUUGAAUGAUUACAUUUCUCAGCUUCGCCUGCUUGACCCCUCUGACGUCAGAGGUCCAGCAGGGCGAGUCACCGCUCUUACAGCUAUUCAGAGGAAAUGCUGUGGUGAGUGUGUGGCUGGGUUCAGGGGGUUUUUUUUUGAGCGAGUUUGUCAAAUUUUAACCAUGCCUGUGAGAUUGUUUUGUGCAAAUAUCACCAGCAAAGACAGACAGAGAGAGGAGGGAAUACUGAAUAAUUGACAGGAAAGUUGCCUCUUUAAACCAAAAAGUCAAAAGUCCCCUCUUCUCUGCUUGAACAUGUCACAUCAAUUAUUUACAGUCUGGAUUAUAUUAAGUUUGCAUAAUUUAGCCAUACUUGUUGGAGCAGAAAACCAAGAUAAAUCCAGUGAUGUCACUGAAAACUACAUCUAAACCUACAGUUUUUAUUUUUACUUCUUUAUUCAGUAUUUCUGUGUAGGGUUCCUCCUUUUUUGUCUUAUCCUGUCACUCUGUUCCCACUGCUCGUCAUGUGUUGAUUUUUCCUCAAAUUUUUUGUUACCAUUCCCUGUUUCCUGGAAUACUCAAAGCAUGAGUGAACAAAAGAAGAGUCUUAUCCUAUGUUAUAUUUCAUUGAGAAUGAUCAGUGUUUCCCCUAGGACUGGAAUCUAUCUGUGGUGGUGUGUGGGUAUAAGUUGGGGGGGUUGCGCAAAUUAGCGGGGUUAUGAAUCAGCAGUGAGUUCGCUGAAGAUAACGUAGUCAUUAACCCAUUUGAGACAUGCCUCUGAAAUCCUGAGGACAAAAUCCCCAGAUUCUGAAGUGUUGAGGUUUACAAGAAAGCUGAUAUCUCAGCCUCUGUUGCAGAUAGAAAGAAAAUUAAAAACGUUUUUGAAAGCUUAUACAUGUGGCUUUCUAGAUAGGUAGAUUUCAAGAUAGAUCAAAUGAAAUAAAGCGGCUGUAUAAAUAAAAGUAAAAGCUCUGCACUGGAGAAAAACAAACUAUUUGCUUUCUGUAAAACAAGUGGCAGUCAUGAUAAAGUCUCCAUUCAAUACAAAUGUAAAGAUUAAAAAUAAAGUGUUGAAAAGGUAUGCAUCUGCCUCAGUAUAGUGCCAGUACAAAAGCAGCACUAAAAACUAAAAAAUGAACAAAUAAAUAGGUGUCUGACAAUGUGUUCAUGGCUGUGCUCACCCAAAGUCAUGCAACGCUCACAGAAAACGUCGAUAGUGUGAGCCAAAGACCUCAAUAGAAAUGCGUACAUGCACCCGGCUUUCCAAGUAGAAAUGAGCAGCCGCGAAAGGUGCUUGGAAGGUUGAAAUGCGUACACGUUGUCCGUGGCAGUGCACCACAUUCAUUUGCAUGUAGGGGAAACCCUGAUGAUCAUUUGCAACUAGUUAAUUUUCUACUUUAUCUCUGCUCACUAUCACUGAUGACUUUCAGAGAUGUCUUUCUGUUUUGUAACGCUUAACAUUUUGCUCACACAUGUUUCUUUUUUGCUCUUUCUCGUCCUGAAUUUGAAAUCGGACUCACAUUUAAAAAGCAGGCUUCGUCGUUUCAUCAUUCACUCCCAAGUUGUGGAUGACUGUAGUUUUAUUUUUGUUGAUGUUUUCAGAGAUACGCCCAGAAUAGAAAACGCUUCUCCUCUGCAUCAGUUUGUACAGAGUCUUUUCUGCAGGCUAUGCCACAGGUUUAGACAGUCAUCACAAUUGUGUUACCCCAGAGCCGUUCUGCUUUACUGCCUCUCUAAAACACCUGGAAGCAAUCUCAAUGAUUCAGAGCCCUCCUGAAAUAUGCUUCAUGAAUCAUAAGAAACAGCUUUCUCUGCUGAUAUUUUUAAACUUAUCUCUAACUUAUGCCUACUUUGUCCACUUCCUAGUAUUGCUGCAAGACACAAUGCAUGGAUCCUAUUAACACAUUCUUCUCAGAAAUCAUCUUCAGUGGAAGUCGGUAUGAAAAACCCAGCUGUCCAUUUCCAGUAAAUGUUGAUGUCAGCGCAGCUUUGGAGUUAUUUUUCCUGUUGUAGUGGAGUCAAAGGCGUUGAUGAUGGUAUUUUUGGCAUAGUUUGGGAUUAUUGUGCAACAGGAAAUGCCCAAGUUGUGGAAGAAAUACAAACAGGGCAGUCAGAACUUAGAGAAACUUGGCCUUUUGUGCUUGGGUUUCCCUCGGCGACUUAUAACAUCCUGUGUGCAAUGAAAUAUUUUCCUAUUUUUAGGAAACAUCUAAUCCAGUCUAAGCAUGCAAAUCCUUUUAUCCUACCCUAUCAGUCAUACAGCUAAUAUAUACAGGAUAAAUACAACCAUUAACCACGACAGCAGACUCCCUACCUUCUUGUAUUCACUCAUUUCUCUCUCUCUUUCUCUCUGCGGGCUCUGCAGCUUCUGCCACAGAAGCGUACCUUCUUACACAACUCCUUUUGUUUUAUCUUCCUUCCUUUUCCACAUCCUUCCUUUUUAUUUCGUCUUUCCUCUCCUCUCUUGCACAGCCGUCUUUGGUGUGAAAUCCGUCUUUCAGAUUAUAAUGAAAUGUGCAGCAGGGAGGCCUCACGGUUAUUCAUAACCCUGAAAGUUGUCUGGAGGAACACCAGGAUGACCCAGGGAAUCAAACAUAGACAGGAGAAGAAAAAAACGUGAGAGCUAUCAUGCAGUCAGCCUCCUGGACUAUCUUAUUUACAGCUACCUGGAAAGUGAACUCAGAUGAUCCUUUCAGGGAAGAUCUGUGAUAUCUGUUGGCCCGUGAGAGGAGGAGAGUAAAGUUGAACGGUUCACUGGGCUUUGCUUUGUGUUUUUUACGUCAGUUUUUUAGGCCCACAGAAAUACUGUUGAUGUUUUGGUUGUUUUUAUACCUCUAAUCUUAACCCUGGAUCACACAAAAAGACGUUAUGAUAAAUACAUAACCUAACAUACUACUUUGUGGUACUAGUCUUGAACUCUGGUUGGCCUGCAUGUGCUCCAUCUUUCUCCAUCGAUUACGCCCACAACAACAGGAUGGUAAUUUGGACCAAUUAAGACAUCUGUUUCUAAGAGCAUCAGUCCAUCUGUAUCUUCAUUUGCCGUCUUCCUGUAGCUGUUGCAACGAACCAGCAAAUGAGUGAAAAACAUUACUUGCUUCAUGCAGUCCAACCAUCAUCUCAAUCAUCUCAAUCUUCAUUUUCCCUCCUCCUGUAGCUGUUGCAACUAACCAGCAAAUGAGUGAAAAACCUUACUUACUUCUUUUGAGAUUAAAAAAUACCAAGAGUUUUGCAAUAAAAAACACAUUUUAAUCCUUGUUUUUAUGAAGACCAGAGCCUUUAAGUCUUAAUUUUGCCCAUAGAGGUUUAAUGAAGCUCCCCGUGUUUUGGGUGAAAACGUUCCAUGCUGGUCAGUCUCCUGUUGGGAAGCAUGUAUAAACACAGAAUACCUGCAGCCUUUUUCUUCCUGCGGUAUCACAUUUCUCUCCAAGAAUAUUGUCUUGUUGUUUGUUUAGUGACAUUUACUCUGCAGUGUGUUGACUCGUCAAUGUGUGCCUGAAGCGGAGAGUUUAAAGAGGGCCCGAUGGGGGAGCACACUCACAAAUCAUUAUUGCCAUAACCGGCGGCGAUGAGCUCACACACUCGAGUACAGUCAAACCAGCUCAGUCGGUGUGUUUGCAGUGUUAACAAUUGUAAUGUUGACUUAAACUAAAAAUUAGACUUAAAAGUGGAAGCAGUGCUGAAAAUGUGCUCACUCAAUGUUCAUGCUAGGGUUGCAAAAUAAAUACCAAUUUAUUACAACUGGGGUGUAAACAUUUGCAGUGAUCACGUAACAGAUGUCAUGCACAUUUUACCAACUGCAUUGAGGCCUGGAGGUAUUGUCCACACUUUCACACCUUUUUGAGUCGGUCAGAUGAAGCUCAGGUAAAAAGGUGUCAGCUUGAGAAUGAAAGAGAAGGUUGUGGUUUUGCUUUGGUUUCAGGAGGAACAUGUUGCAAACACAGACCUUGUGAAAAACACACAGAAAAACAGAUCGACUGCAAACCCCUCAUUUUGUUCUCCAAAUACAUGAGUCAUACAUUGCGUGUUUUCCCUCAUUGCGCAAGCUUUCUGUACGUGCAUUUUAUGUGCUUUGAUUUGCUUUUCUGUUUUCUGUCAAUAAUUGUUUCCGGUCUUCUCUUUGUAGCAAACGUCCGUGUGGCCGAGUUGGUAUGGUGUCCAGGAUGACUUGUCAAUAGAGGAGCCCUCCACAGUCCUGCCACCUGCUGCAUCCUUCUCUCGCUUGGACGUGCCACCACCUUAUGAGGCUGUCUCUGGAGGUACGACACAUGAUCACACAUCAUUUGACCCACCACUACUUCUAAAGCAUUAGCUGCUUCCUCUUUCUUAUUGAGAAAGUUGAGACGUCCUUCUCUACUUUAAGACUUCCUGUAAACCACAGCUCUUGGCCAUUAGCCUACAACAUAUUUUCUGAAAAUGUUGAAGAAAAUUCCCUCCUGGGUCACUGCACAUAAUUAAGCAAACCAGGUUAAUGUGUAAUGCAGGGGGGUCAGUAGCAUUUCCUUAAAAGAUACACACAGGGCAUGUUGAUUAAUUAGCUUAAAGUUUCACUAUUUAAAAGCAUGCCACUGCACAAAACAGGUUCAUAUGUUUGAAUUUCUUCACCUGUCAGUACAAGAAACAAUAGGAAAAGUCUGCCUGAUGUUGUCACUCCAUUUUGUCAAGCUUGUGGUGUGAUCUACUGUAAGAUAUGAACUGAAACAUGCUGCACAUAGUUCCCUCUGCUUUUGAGUUCACUGUGUGCUGCGUGUUUGCAGUUGAGAUUGCAGGACCGCCUCUUACAUAAUGCCAGUUCAGUAUAGGAUAUUUCCACACGGUACAUCUUGUCUGUGAAAUGUGUGAUGCAAAGAGGCAGAAUGGUGGGGUGAGGUCACCCUGCCUCUGAUCUGCUAUAGGUAGUAGCAGAUUUAACUGGGGGAGAUAACAGCGAUGUGGAUCGUCUGAAAUGCAGCAGGGGAACAUUUUGCACAGUGUACUGUACAGUAUGUGGAUAUUUUCAGUGUGUGUAUGUGAACACAAGGACACCAGUAUUUCACUGAUGCUGAGUUCAGUCUGUAAGCACAAUGUCGUGAUAAUGGACCGAGCGAGGUCAUAGUGGAGGUUGCUUGUGUUUGAUGCUUAACGUCCCACUCUGAUCAUAUUUUUUUCACUACUUAAAGUCUUCUCAGUGGUCUUUAUAUUUUAAUAAUGAAGUUUUUAGCCAAAAUCAUGUUACUUAAUAACAAUAAUAAUAAUAAUAAUAAUUCAUUUUAUUUGUACAGCGCUUUUAAAAACACUCAAAGACGCUACUUGUGUCAUUUUCAAGAGCUUUUCUUCUGUAGAGCUCCAGUAGCUCAUUAGCAAUUCGCCUCUGAGUCGUGGGCGGAGACAGUGCUGCUCUGCACCUUCCUCUUCAAGCUAGCUUGCAGCCUAACAUUGUCGGUUUAGUAGUAGAAGCAGGUAACAUAGGAGCUAUUCAGCUCUCAGACACUAAUGUCUUUAGGGACAUGAUGCAAGUUAAAAUCAUUAUUAGCUUUUUUAUGAGUAUCGCAAUUCUCUAGCGCACACGCUUGUUCUGCAAGUGUCCUCUCUAUUUCUCUAAGCGGGGCUCCAGGGGCGGAGCUUGGAUUUGUGAUGUAGGAAAUCCCACUGUUUCUGAACCUGCCGUUUAAGUCCAGAGGUUCACAUCAAUUUGAAUGAAGAAGGACUCAGAAAUGCAAAUUUCACACUUACUUUACUCAUGAUGUGUCCUGUAGCAUCAGAAAAAUGCCAUAUGAACAUUUAAAAAACAAAAAAACAUGAUUUUCAUUGGAGUGGGUUUUUAAAACUGAAUUACUCUUAACCAUCUCUGCCCUGAUUCAGAUAUUUGUAGGAGGAAGCACAAAACUUGGAGCUCUUGCAACUUCCUCAUCCCUGCAGCCUAGAAGCACAAACCAUAUUUUUUUUCAGAGGCAUGCACCUUCAGCGUAGCCUGCAGCAUCAGAAACUCACUCAUUCUGUCAGAACAGAUAAAGCGUUACCCUCUAAUAUAGAAACAUACAGCAAGUUUCAGUCUGAACCAACUUCAUGUUUUUAACUCCAUCUGAAUCAGUGCAAUGAUCGCCAGGUUAGAAACACAGAACAUGUGCCUGACUCUCUGCUGAGGUCACAGAAACAACAACAUUAUUUGCAGGAGGAGGCCGUUUCCUGCAGCAAAUAUCUUUUAUCAGUAAAUAAAGCUCGUCUGAGCUCGCAGUUGUGUAUACACACAGAGAGCGUUGUCUGCUUUAAGAGGACAAAGUAGACUUUGUGUCAGUAACCAGGUUAUGAAGACACCAAAAAGCCUUAGGGUUUUCUUUUGGUGUACAACAUUUCCCUGUUGUGUGUUUCAGUUUAGUCUCAGUAAACACAUUUCUGUCGUCUGGCUCAAGUCUCACUUUUUUACAACUGAAAAGAGCCUGUAUGCUCAUUUUAUUGGUGAAGGUUUGGAAGCAGUCAGGUGGUUUUUCUCUCAUUCAUUCCCAUACUGUCGUUUUCAAAUGCUUCCUAUUAACUGUGAAGGGCUUGCUGACUCUCACAGCAGGAUGUGGUUAUGGUUGUGCAGCGGAGGUGGUGACCUUUCUCCAUUAAUUGUACGUGAUGUUGCAGCCUUGUUUCGCCCCCACAUAUGAUCUUUUUUUUUCUGUCAGAGAUAGCACAGAGCGUCUCAGGGCUGUUUUCUGCAACACCAGCAGUUCUAGUGCUAAUGCAUGUGUGUAAAAUUAAAACUGCACGUUGCUCUUAAAGUCAAUAUAACAAAUUUUAAUACACACCCCAUAUAUUAUAGUGCUUUUUUUCAUUUGAUAGCGGUUAGAAAUAUCUGGUGUUUGUAAUUCAAAUUCUACUAAAUAUCAGACCAUCAGAGUAAUCAUUGCCAUGGUUCAGGUCUGUGUCCCUGACACUCUCUGGUGACCCCCCCAGUUGAUAAAAAUCCGAAUUUUCCUGCUUUUAUGUCUGAAGUAUGUUAUGAUGACUACGCAUACAUACAACAACCUCCCAGUUCUUUCCCUCUCCCAGAGAAGAUAAUAUCAACAUCAAGCCGUGUAUAAAAAUGAGUGUUCCUCCAGUGUUUCCUGUGAUGUGGAGACUAGGGCUGUAGUCAACCAAAGAAAUUCUUGGUCGACUAAAACCCUGAAAUUUUUUUUACCAAAAAUUAACUAAUCGGGGGAAGACACGGUUUGGUGAAGUGAGAAUAUACUGAUAUCAACACAGGAAGGCAAUUAAACACAAAUAUUAUAUUCAGAAAAACACCGGUUGUUAAUUAUCGUGGGCUCUCUUCAGUCUUCUUGUCUCCAGCUGGUCUCUUGGGCGAAUCCAAAAUGGUGAAAAUAAGGGAGGUGUUCUGAGACAGGCUGUUACCUGUGAAACAGGGGUGCUCUGAAAACACCCCCAUUAACACUUGGUUUGUUCCUCCUGAUGAAUUUAACCGUAGACUGUACAUUGACGAGGAAAAAAAUCGAGUCGACCAAUCAGAACUUUGGUCGAUUCAGUACGUAUCGACCAAUAAGCCAACCAGUCGAGACAUGGAGACAUGGAUAUUGGAUUAAUCACAGCUUUGCAAACUGUUGGUUUGUUCAAAAUCCAAGAGCUUAACAUUUAAGUUGUGGUAAAAGUUUUCAUCAGACCUUUAUUGAAGUGAGUGUAAGGUCCUAAUUUUCAUAAAGCAAGAGGAAGGCAAACUUUUUUCAGAGUUAAUACUUGAAAUGGAAAAAAAAGUGAGCAUGCGGAGUUCAAAGAGAAGAAGAAUCAAACAGAAGUCCUACAGAAGUUUUUCAGAGUGAGCAGCCAGGAGGAUCCAGCUUCUCAGGGGUCAGUUUUUAUUGAAACUUUUGUCCCUUUCAACUGAACACCUCUAAGCUUCUGAGUGUCUAAUACCUUCUGGUUCACCUUUUUCUCCUGCAGCACAUUUCACAGGGUUUCUUCGGUAUGCACACUGGUGUCCUGCACUCUCUUCUGAGAACAGAGAAGCACACAGAUGUUGAUCCAGCUUAGGAGGGAAUUAGGAUUGUUUUGAUGGAGCUGCUUUCUUCGCCUGCUUAAACAAAGCAGAAUUAUUAAAUUAUAAUGUGUCAAGAUUUAAAACCAUUUCUGUUCAUUUUGAUUCACCGUACAGUCUUGACGUUGAAGCUCAUUGUAACUAAAGCGUACAUUUGUCAGACAGCUGAACAAUUGAUUCUGUCUUCUCUUUCAGAAGAUGAUCUGAAGCCUCCUCCCUACAGCGAGUGCGCACGUAGCGAUGAGGCGGACACUGCCCGUCCCUGCCGUCUCACUCCUCUGAUUUCCGAGGGAGGAGGGGACAGCAUCAGUGUCAACGAAGCGCCGCCUCCCUACACGCUGUCUCCUUCCACACAAAUCAGUCAACAGGACAGCCCAGUGAGCCACAGCGAAUCCCAGCCAGAGAGCAGGUCUGCUUAAUCAAUCCCUGAUGCCAGUUUGCCUUCUCCAUGCACUGCCUUCCUACAUUCAACCUCAGUGAUCGUUGCCAGCCUAACUCUCUGCCCAUGAGAGGAGAUGUUUAUUCGGGUGCGAGUGUGUGUGUGGGAAUGUGUAUGCAUGUGUACAGUGUUUGUGCAAUCUGUUUUUCUUUUUUUAAAGUUGUUUUUUCUACCUUUUGUUUUUUUUUAACGGUUAUCUGUUGAGUUGGGCUUUAGCCGAUGACAUCAGCACGCCUGUGUGCCUCAGUCAGGACAGCAGAACCUGCCUCCCAGCUAGGAUGAGGAGAAUACCCCUGACCUUUGAGGCCAGUGGGGUUCAGUGAGACACAUUAGCAGAAGGAGAAAAAAACAUGAAAAUGUACUCUUUUAUUUUUCUUUGUAAGUUUAUUCUUCUUUAAUGUCUGAAGCCUCUUCUGGUCACAGAUCUAACAAAACUCACUGACAUAUUCACGCAGUGGCUACUUUCCCCUGAUGUCGCGCUCACUUAGGUCAUACGAACUAUUUUACUCUGACAUAUGAACCUUAGGUCGUAUGAGACGUGGAAAUAAUUUCACUGACUCUACUUUUUAGGCUUUGAAGAGACGUGAAAGACAGCAGCAGCCAUAUUAGAAAUGCUGACAAUCUGACAGAGGAGAAGCAGAACAUGCCCAUCUGUCAGCCUCCUAAUACGCUGAAUGAUGCUCUACCCUUAGCCUGGAGAAUUUAAAGUAAAAAAGAGGAUUUUGUCCACAUGUAGGGAAAAAAAUAAUCCAAUAUCUAGAUUCAAGUCUUUAAAAAUCAAAGUUAUAAGGAAAUGAAGUUGUACAUUUAUGAGAGAGAGGUUGCAAUCACAGGCUAAGGCUUAUUUGGAUAACCUAAAGGGGGAUAUGAGAGGAGCAUCCUGCCCUCUGCUUUUUAUAUUACUUCAUUUUUUUUAAACAAACUCGACAGCUGAGAACAAACAGCAAUUGUAAGAGUGAUCACAGGCUGCCUCUUGGCUAUCAUUCUUCAUAACAGACCCACUUACACAGACAAUUAAGAAUCUUGCAUGACCAAACAUUCACAUUAGACACAUUCAGUCUUUUUUGAAACCCAUAAUAAUUGAUAACCUCACAAGAUGCUCCAUGUCCCCUAUUUCUCCAGGCAACUACAGGCUGCUCUUCUGAUCCGUCCCUUCAAAAGGCUCAUCAUGGCCUAAAAUUUAGAUUUUGUUGUCUUAUGAAUUUAGAGACUUUAUUCACAACUCCAAAAUAACUUUACUUUUUAUGAUGCUGUGACUUUAGUCAUAGAUAUGGAGGAAUUGCAGUUUUAUGCUUUUCCACUUUGUCUUCUUUUGUCCAGAGUUUGUGGCUCAUGUAUUUCCAAAUUUCCUUCUUGUGUGGUCAACAACUGAGAAGACACAAAGUCACAUCCAGACAGAGAUCAAACUAUCCACAGUACUUAUAAACAAUGUCUAAUAACACCAAUCCAGUAAAUUUACACUAAACUUUGAAUUGGGGUGUAAAUGUGGACCAUGGCGAUGUUAGCUACAAAGAUAAUUGCGCCCAGGAAAUAGUCAGUGACGGCAGCAGAAGAGACCAUCUGGAAAUCAAGCCUGACGGCGUUCCAGAUUUGUACCAUCAGCUGUGCAGUGUGUGGUUAAAGUGAAAAUGGAGCAUGCAGCCGCUGCUUGAAGAGACUUUAGCCUCUGUAUGUGAGGGUUUCAAUUUAGCCACUGAACCAAACUGGCACCCUCCCAGUUGCCUUUUAGUCGAUCAAUUAAGAAAGCAAAUAUUUUUAGAGAGUCUGCCAGAUUCCCAACAUUUGCCCUCUUAGCAAAACUGAGAUGCAACAGCACGCCGCUAACACUGUGUGAGAAGACGGGGGCUGCUGUGGUGAUCUGGUAAAUGCUAAUAGGAGGACUUAAGAAGUGUGGGGGUGUUGGAUGUUACCCUCUGAAAACAGCAGCUCUGUAAUAGAAAAAUCACAGUGUACACAGCCUAAUGAGAUAUCUGGCAAACCGCUGCAUAGAUUUGCACAUGAAAUAAAUUGUCCCAACUUUUUAAACUAAUAUCACUCAACGCGUCAUUAAUACAGCGCACGUGUUAUUGAAGACAAAGUUUGUCGACGGAACAAAAUAUUUGAUAAUGAAUGCGCUAAAUGUAAAAGUAAUGACCUCGUUAGCAUCACCGGUUCUGUUUAAUAUAUCACUCUGAUUAGACUGGCACAUUAGGCAAUUCAAGUGCCCAUUAGAUCUGUGAGUGGAAGAGAGCCAGGACAAGACGGCGGAAUAAAUGAACACCUUAUGGCAGCAAGAAAGACUUAGUUUUAUGUUGAUUAUCUUCUCUGCUGCUGCUGGGUUUUGUCCAUUGUGGCUUUAUAGUCUCACGCAUAUGCCUAAAGACAUAAAUCUGUCAAACGGUUUUGGAAUCAGACAAAAAGGUCUGGGAUGUGUACUGAGGUAUGAUCCUCUGAAAUGACGAAUAGGAGUUUUCUAUGGUUGUUAAAAUCCAGCUGUGAGAGAAUCAGGUUUGAUGUUUUUGAUUUUAUUGUGAUUCUGAAGAGUAAACUGAGAUAAAAUAUUGAGAUCAAAAUGUCAAACAAUCUUGAAAAACAAGCCUGAGAAAUGACAGCCUGUUUGAAGCCUGAGGGGGUUGUCUCUGUGUGUUUGCUAAACAGUUAUUUUCAUAAUCGAGUUGUUACUUUUUUUCUUUGUAACAAUUGCAAAACGAAGACUAACCAAAAAUACAUUUUUUGAUAUCAGCUUCUGUUCUCUGUAAUCAUCAUGUAUUCUUCUACCACAGGCUGGUAGAGGUCAGAAAAGUUACUAUUUUCCUUUGUUUAUAUUUUCUGGAAUAGCAUUGCUUUGAGAAAGAUCAUUACUGUGCUUUUUUUUUUUCCUUUUGCUUUUUUUAUUUACAGUGUUUCACAUAAUCCAGAUAUAACUCUGUCAGAAGAUUCCUCCAUAUGACCCUCCUCCUCCGGCAUUUGUUUCAGCAACUAAAUAAUCCCUGUACAGCUUCUGAAUAUGACAAAAAAAAACAAUCAGACAAAGUCAAAUGAAAUGAACACUUUAACUGUUUUUUGGGACUUAAAAAGUACAAAAAAAGUGGGUCAGAAUUAGAACUGUUACAAUGUGAUGUGUUAAAAUGAUAAUCCUGCAUAUUGUGAUGACAAAUCGUGUAGCAACUGCCUUUUUUCUGUGGUUUUACAAUCGAAAGAAUCCAACAGAGGAGCUGCAAGGAACCAAUGUGGACUCGCUAACAGCAGCAGCAGCUUUGGGACUGAUAACCUGAACCAUAGUAUUACAGGCUUCCUCUGUUAUGUCCUGUUCACUUCACGUGCAUUCCUAUAUCAGAUCUCUCCUGUCUGUAGCUCUGAAGGUUGAGUGGAGGGUUUUUUGUCUGUUUUGGGUGAAAUAUUGUACGUCUUCUGUAUUAAACGGUUGUUUGUAAUACUA